AUGAGCGUCGCGUUGUUUUUCGCAGCCUCGCUGCUGAGCUUCUUGCUCGGCUAUUUGCGGUACACCUACAAUUACUGGACGAUGCUGGGCGUGCGGCAGCGGCGGACGCACUUCCUGUACGGCAACGUUUUCAAGCUGAAGUCCUUGCAUCUGAGCGAGCUGCUGCAGGAGACGUACGAUGCCUUCAAGGGGAAGGUCGGCGUGGCGGGCAGCUAUGUCUACACCCGCCCUAUUGCGGUGGUUACCGAUCUGGAGCUGGCCAAGCACAUACUGAUCAAGGACUUCAACAAGUUCGUCGACCGACGUGCCUACAACAACCACAAGGAGGAUCCGCUCUCCGCUCAUCUGUUCAACCUGCAGGGCGAGCAGUGGCGGCAGCUGAGGAUGAAGCUGACGCCGGCCUUCAGCAGUGGAAAGCUGAAGCACAUGUUUGGAAGUGUGGUCGAUGUGGCCAAGCAGCUGGAGCUGACCUUGCAGAAGCAGUUGGACAAGGAGGGGGCGGUGCUGGAGCUGCACGAUCUGCUUGGCCGCUAUACGACCGACGUCAUAGGCAAGUGUGCCUUCGGGCUCGACUGCCACAGUCUGCAGAACCCGCGGGCAGAGUUCCGAGUGGUGGGCAGACAACUCUUCCAGGCCGAUCGUCACGCCAGCGUACGCUGGCAGCUCUUCAAGCUCACCUAUGGCGAGUUCUUCAAACGCCUGGGCCUGCGUCUGAUUCCCAAAUCCCACACCGACUUCAUAAUGCGUGUUGUGCGCGAAACUGUGGCGAGUCGGGAGAGUCGGGCGGGACAGGACGGCAGACGUAACGACUUCAUAGAUCUGCUGCUGGACUUGAAGAACCCCCAGGAGGGGGGCAAAGGCCUGUCUGUGGAGCAGUUGGCCGCACAGGUGUUUGUGUUCUUCGUGGCCGGCUUCGAGACCAGCUCCAGCAAUAUGAGCUUCGCACUCUACGAGCUGGCCAAGCAGCCCCGAGUCCAGCAAAAGUUACGUUCCGAAAUCCUAAGAGUGCUGUCCAAGCACGAAGCGCUCACCUAUGAGGCGAUGUUGGAUAUGACUUAUCUGGACCAGGUCGUAUAUGAAACGCUUCGCAAAUAUCCCGCUCUUGCGUCCCUCACCCGCAUCGCCACUGAGGAGUACACCCUGCCCGGUGGGGAUAGCCACAUAACCUUGGAUCGCGGGACUGUCGUGCAUAUACCCGUCAGGGCCAUACACUACGAUCCGGAGAUAUAUGCCGAGCCGCAGGAAUUCCGACCGGAACGCUUUGAGGCGCAGGCAUGGCAGCAACGCCAUCCGCUGGCCUUUCUGGGGUUCGGGGUGGGACCGCGGAACUGCAUUGGUUCCCGGUUCGGACUCAUGCAGGUGAAGCUGGGGCUGAUUGGCUUGCUGCGGCAAUUCCAGUUCCGACUGCCAGGGUCGGGGGAACGGCCCGCUGAGCUGGCAAUUGCGAAAACUGAGAUUAUACUGAUGCCCAUCGAUGGGGUUUGGCUGCGAGUGGAGCGAUUGGAGCGAUUGCCGGGCGUUUGAUUUCCAGCACUCAGUCGCGACGUCGCCGCAAAAUAAAACUGUAAACAAAUCGUAGAAUAAACAAACAUUUCUAUUCCGCCAGAA